UAGAGGAGGUCGAUGGGAACAUGGCGUUAUCCAGUGGGCUUGUUGGAGCUGCAUUGAAUUCAUUGCUAAGAUGUUGUCUGCGAGUCGAGCAAAGUGCAUUGCGACUUUUGGGCUUCCCCCCUUUGUCUCCGGGUCCAGCUCUGGCAGUCCAGGGCCCAGCAUUCUGCCCCUUUCCAGAUGUGCAUUCAAAUGAUAAAGACUCUACACCAGGAUUUCUGGAUAAUAUUUUCUGGAUGGCUGCACCUAAAAAUAGAAGAACAAUCGAAGUUAAUCGCUGCAGGAGAAGAAAUCCUGAUAAGUUAAUAAAAGUGAAGAACAAUAUUGACAUGUGCCCUGAGUGUGGACAUAUCAAAUUAAAGCACGUUUUGUGUGGUUUCUGUUAUGGGAAAGUUCGAGAAGAGACUCGUCUAAUUAGGGAAGAAAUAAAGGCAAAAGAAGGUGGGCCCUUUAGAGCUCCCAUAGCAGAGACAGUGGUCCUCUAUGAUGGUGAGAAGCCACGAUCUAAGGAUGAAGAAAAGAGGAUUAUUGAAAGAAGCCGUAAACGUCCAUCAUGGUUUUCUUAUUGAUAGGAUUUUCUAUUAUUUGUUGUUGGACAAGAAAAUAAUAAUAAUAAGAAGCCAUAACAUUCCCCUGCGGUUUUCUUAUUUAUAGGGUUCUUUAAAUGUUUUGUUGUUUAAGAAAGCUAACAUAUGUUUAAUAAUAUGUUAUAUAUUCUGCAUUUCAUUUAUUUUCUCUGAUAACUUUCCACACAAAAUAGGAAUCCGUUCCAGUUUAAUGCAUUUUCUUAACUCAAUAUCAAAUAUAAUAUAUCACACCUUCAAACAGGAAUUACAAAAUAAAA